AAAACAGUGUUAUAAUUGUCCUAUUCUUUAAAGCCAUGAGACAAACUCCUAAUCCAUCGCAAGCUCGGGUGCCAACUCCUACUUGGGCUGGUUAUGGUUUCAGCAAAUCGUCGCGCCAGACUUCGACAUCCGAAAAGGGAUUAUUUUGCGAUACGCCGGAUUCAACUACUUCCAUUAAGAAUGGGACCCAUCAACGCCGUAGUCCGUGGGAUGACCCUAUUUCUUCUGUGAAAAAUGGACCAGACUUUGGCUUCAGUAGCAAUUUGAUUGACUCUGUCUCGUCUUUACCGAAACCCAGCGUUGCUGCUGCUAAAGACCUUUCUACUCUAUUGCAUUCCAUGGGACUCACUAAAUAUAUCGAACUUUUCGUUGAACACGAAAUCGACUUGGAAUUGUUUAAAACUCUGACGGAGAAUGAACUUCGUGAUCUUGGCAUUCACGCCUUUGGCGUGCGCAGACAUAUGCUACUCACUAUUGCUGAGCUGAACAAGAAGACCGUAUUUUCUGGAAGCGCUGCUCCGGGAGCCGAGCGUCGUGCUGCCGUAGCAUCCAAGGACGUUUAAAUUUAUUGCAAGUUGAAACUUUUCAGAUUGUUUGAAUUAAAUCCUUAUUUUUUCAUAGCAGCGGAAUCUCUUCCUUCUUCUGUCCUUCCGAUUAUUUAUUGCUAAUAACGGUUUGCCUCUUUGAUUUUUUCGAUCGAUAUAAGCACAACGCGUCACUCCCCUUCUAUCUUUUGAUAUUUGAUAAUUCCAUUUUGUUUGCCAUUUCCUCUUUAAUCUUUCCCACCAUCUACACACUUCUCUUGGUGUGACUUAUAUAUAUAUUGAAAAUUUUUGAUAAUAUUCUCACACUCUUAAUU